AUGGCCUCUUCACACUCAUUCUACAAUCUGCCUCAAGCAUCCUACCCAAUCAACAUGCCACAAAAGCCCGGAUUUUUCUUCCCGGCCCAACAACAUGGUUAUGGACGCGUAUCAGGAUCACCACCCGAAGCUCCAAACAGCGUUACAACAUCUGGUGUACCGUCGUACGAGCCGUCAUCUACCUCUAGCAACUACGCUGGCAGUGCAAGCGAUUAUGAAUCCACUAGCGGCGCCGCCAGCGUGGAUCUCCUCGACUACAUGGGCCGCCGCGUGAACGGCUCUUUCGAUCCAAUGCCACUGGAUCGAAGUCUUGCAAAGCAAGCACAGACGUCCGGUGAACUCAACGCUAAGCAACGCGAACUUUCUGAGCUACAAGCGCUGGCUCAGCGCAGAUUGGCUGGUGCUCGCAUGAGCUUUGCAGAUGGGAUGAAGGCUGCAAAGGAUGUACAGAAGGAUUUGCAGUGGACUCAGAAGCGAGUCGACUCACUGAACAACCGAGCGGCACGCAAGUACCCAGAGCAAUUCCGCACCGCACAAAGCCGGUAUCCAGCACCAGUCGAUUUCUAAAUUGGUUCGACACCUUCGAAAUUUCGCUUACCGCACUGUGGAUGACACCAAUAUACGAUUUUCGGUUUUUCCAAACUAUGGGCGGCAUUCGGUCACUUUACUAUUCCACAGCGCUUUCUCGAUUUUCUCUGUUUUCAAAAAAUGUUCCAGAGCCUUUCCAGCAAUGUUUCAAUUCCAGGAACAAGUUCCACGUUCCGACCUGUCGUUCCCAAUUUCCGCUCCACUGUGCUCCACCCUCGGCAGCCGGCCUCGCUGCUUUUAGCGUCCCACACGCCAGCUUUUCUUUUUCAGGAAUUGUGACGCGGUUCGGCCCGUUGCCUGAUGCAAGUGCUACGCGCCUGCUGACAGCUAGCGAACGAAUCGCGGCUUUUGGAUGGCGUUUGGGUCAGGAACGGGUCGGGUAGCUGACGUAUCUCCUAGAGGACGGUCGCUUCGCUAGGUACA